GCGGCCAUUUUGUUUUCGACACCGAGCGGGAGUUGACGGCAGCCGCUGUGGUGAAAGGCAGGAAAGGGCAGGCCGGUUAGCAGGCGAACGGGCCAACCGGACAGCCAGCCAACAGCAACGAACUAACCUAGCAAUCUACCGCUUAACACAUCUAACUAACCGCCCACCAAGUUAACCCGAGCCCCUCCACCGUCAACUUAGAUUCGGCCGGCCCCCGGCCCGCCUGCCGCAGCCGUGGUGGCAGCCCCGGGAGGAGCACUGGCGUCCGUUUCCUUCGAUUCUCGGGAUUUGAAGAUGGCUGCACAGUCAGCGCCGAAAGUUGUGCUAAAAAGCACCACCAAGAUGUCUCUAAAUGAGCGCUUUACUAAUAUGCUGAAGAACAAACAGCCGAUGCCAGUGAAUAUUCGGGCUUCGAUGCAGCAACAACAGCAGCUAGCCAGUGCCAGAAACAGAAGACUGGCCCAGCAGAUGGAGAAUAGACCCUCUGUCCAGGCAGCAUUAAAACUUAAGCAGAAGAGCUUAAAGCAGCGCCUGGGUAAGAGUAACAUCCAGGCACGGUUAGGCCGACCAAUAGGGGCCCUGGCCAGGGGAGCAAUCGGAGGACGAGGCCUGCCCAUUAUCCAGAGAGGCUUGCCCAGAGGAGGACUUCGUGGGGGACGUGCCACAAGAACCCUACUUAGGGGCGGGAUGUCGCUCCGAGGUCAAAACCUGCUCCGAGGUGGACGAGCCGUAGCUCCCCGAAUGGGCUUAAGAAGAGGUGGUGUUCGAGGUCGUGGAGGUCCUGGGAGAGGGGGCCUAGGGCGUGGAGCUAUGGGUCGUGGCGGAAUCGGUGGUAGAGGUCGGGGUAUGAUAGGUCGGGGAAGAGGGGGCUUUGGAGGCAGAGGACGAGGCCGUGGACGAGGGAGAGGUGCCCUUGCUCGCCCUGUACUGACCAAGGAGCAGCUGGACAACCAACUGGAUGCGUACAUGUCAAAAACGAAAGGACACCUGGAUGCUGAGUUGGAUGCCUACAUGGCUCAGACAGAUCCCGAAACCAAUGAUUGAAGCCUGCCCACCCUCCUGUGAGAUUCUUGUUAAAGUCACACAUCUGUAAAUAACCUUGAGAUAACAGAUGAGAAGAAACUUGAUUGAUGCUGGAAGGACCUAUCAUAAUAGGCUAUGGACUGACUUGCCACCAGUUUGUGCAUUUAGUGUGUUCCUUUUACUUUUUGAUACUGUGUUGUAUGAAACCCUUUUUUCCUCUGACUUGGGUUUUGUUUUGUUUUGUUGUUGUUUGGGGUUUUUUUCCUUUGCCCAGACUUCUCUUUGAACAUGAAUUUGUUGGCCUUGUGGCUAGUACACCCUCUUCCCCGCUCUGCCUUCCCUCACUUGUCAUAUGCUUUGACAUUCUGACAUUUCCUCUGUUCAUCUCCCAUGAAAAAGUACCAGAAAGAGCCCAUCAAUGUCCCUCCUUAAUGUCUAGGUUUCUGAGAUACAGUUCUGUUCUGCAUCAUCUUUAAAGAGCCUCUUAAAAGUGUUUAGAAAAUCUGGAGCUCAAAAAUGCAUUCUGCCACGCUGAUGUUUUAGUAAAGUAAAUUAGGAACUUUGACAUAGCUACAGGGCCACCUAACAAGUUACACACGGUAGCAGCUCUGAUUUGAUUAAAGUUAUUACCAUGUACAUUUACACCACAUAACCAGUGUACUAGGUCAGGUAUGUGCACUUUCUACCCUGGAAUGAGAUAUAUAAACUUUUCCUCUUGGCUUUGCAUCAUGCCCAAAGGGUAUUUUUGGAUUGGCUUACACCUACAAAAGAGUGGGGAAAGCCGUUUGGUUUGGCAGAUGCUUCAGAAGGGAAAGGGCUGGAAAUUGAUGGCAGAUAUCUGGUGGGAGGAGUCAGAAGAUAUCCAUGCUGAAAUGCUAUUAUCCUUAUGUUUAUACCAGGCCGAUCUUGGGCUUCAUUCAUUGACUUUGUUUGACCCUUAUUCCCCUUGAAGUUUUAAUUAAGUUCAGCCAUGUUCUGUCAACUGUUCCAGUUUCAGUAGAGUCUUUUGUUUCUGGUUCAUUAUAACAAGAAAUUGUUCUCUGAAAUCCA